GUCACCGUCUCGCCACCUCUAACGUCAGCUCACCGAACGUGUGAAUGCGAUGAGCCGUGACUUCACUGACCAUGGCUGACUUCCGGGUGUGCUUGUCCGUCGCGGUGCUCCAGCUGCUCCUCUUCGGCAGCUCGCAGGCUCUUUGGUGUAACUGCACCACUGCCCAGUGUCAGAGGACCAGCUUCCAGUGUGAGACCGAUGGAGCCUGUAUGGCUUCCACCUCCUUCAUUGAAGGCGUAGAGCAGCACAUACGUCUCUGCAUCACUCGGGACAACCUGGUGCCCCCUGGACAGCCCUUCUACUGCCUCGGUGCGGAGGGCUUGCUCAACAUCCACUGCUGCUACACUGACUACUGCAACAGCAUCGACCUCAAAGUACCCUCAGUGACCACUCCUUCAAGACCAGAGGGCGGCUACGGCCCUGGUGGAACAUGGGGGCUGGUGGAACUAGUCGCUGUGAUCGCAGGGCCUCUGUUCCUGCUGUGUCUGCUGCUGUUGGUGGGCUUGUUCCUGUAUCAGUACCACCAGAGGGCCUACAACUACAGGCAGAGGCUGGAGAUGGAGGACCCCUCCUGUGACCACCUGUACAUGGCCAAAGACAGGACCCUGCAGGACCUCAUUUACGAUCUCUCCACGUCUGGUUCAGGCUCAGGUCUGCCUCUGUUCGUCCAACGGACCGUGGCCAGAACUAUCGUCCUGCAGGAGAUCAUUGGAAAGGGGCGUUUUGGAGAGGUGUGGCGAGGACGCUGGAGGGGGGGGGAUGUGGCAGUGAAGAUCUUCUCAUCCAGAGAGGAGCGCUCCUGGUUCCGUGAGGCUGAGAUCUAUCAGACCAUCAUGCUGCGUCAUGAGAACAUUCUGGGCUUUAUAGCUGCUGACAAUAAAGACAAUGGCACAUGGACCCAGCUGUGGUUAGUGUCAGAUUACCAUGAGCACGGCUCUCUGUUCGACUACCUGAACCGCUACUCUGUCACUACUGAGGGAAUGAUCAAACUGGCACUCUCCGCUGCCAGCGGCCUCGCACAUCUGCACAUGGAGAUACUUGGAACGCAAGGAAAGCCAGGCAUCGCCCACAGAGACCUGAAGUCCAAGAACAUCCUCGUGAAGAAGAACUGCACCUGUGCUAUUGCUGACCUGGGACUGGCCGUCCGUCACGACUCUGCCAACGACACUAUCGACAUCGCCCCCAAUCAAAGGGUGGGCACCAAGAGGUACAUGGCUCCCGAGGUUCUGGAUGAGACUAUCAACAUGAGACACUUUGACUCGUUCAAAUGUGCCGACAUCUACGCCUUGGGGCUGGUCUACUGGGAGAUUGCCCGUCGCUGUAACAGUGGAGGGAUCCAUGAAGAGUACCAGCUGCCCUACUAUGACCUGGUACCUUCUGAUCCGUCCAUAGAGGAGAUGAGGAAAGUGGCGUGUGACCAAAAGCUACGACCCAACAUCCCAAAUUGGUGGCAGAGCUAUGAGGCUUUGCGGGUCAUGGGUAAGAUCAUGAGGGAGUGUUGGUAUGCGAAUGGAGCCGCCCGCCUGACAGCCCUGCGAGUGAAAAAGACGCUGUCCCAGCUCAGCAUUCAAGAGGACAUUAAAGUCUAAGUGGAGUCAGCAGAGCACUGAGGAGGAGCACUGAGCGGGGCCCGGCUCCAGAUUGUAGGACAGUGAGACGGAGGCUCCGGGCCCUUCUCCGAAGAACGCACAAAGUAAGAGAACGUGAUGGAGAGUGGCACUUUGUAAAAUAUUUGUCCAUAGACACUCCUGCCAGUUUUGAAGCCACUUGAUUUCUGACAAACCCUACCUCGCUUACCCAGCCAAACUACCAAGAACACCUUUCCUGUCUUGUCCACAGCUACUGCUGCCCUACCUGAACCUUUCUGUUCCUCUCUACACUCCAUACUAACAAGGAUCCUUGAGUUUCCUGUGAAAUUAAUUGUAUGCAAUCAAUAGCAGGACAUGUAAUUAACCAGUCAACAUUGUAAAAAUAAGUUGCUGAUCCAUUAUGCUUGAUAGUCGACGAUCAAAAUUCACUUUUAUUGUCCUUGGAAGGGGACAGGCUUGGAGGGUUAGGGGUGUUUUAACUUAUUUUUUACCUAUUCUGUGAUUUAAGUGACUAGAUCUAAUAUAUAUGGGUGUUUGUGAGGCAAAUGUGGGCGGGGCUACAGCACAAAGGCACAUGACAAACGGCUUAUAAAUCAUUAGAAAUAAUCCAUCUGGUUCUGCUGCAGUAUUGUUGUUUAGUUCAGUGCAGAUUACCAUGUUAUCAUGUGCAGCUGAGACAGUUUGUGUAAGUUGACUUUAAGCAAGGUGUUCCAAACUUUCACUGGAGCAUUACGGCCGGGCUGCACUGGGAACGUGUGUAUCACAGAAUGUCUCUCUUUUCAUCCCGAUGCCCAUGUUAUCAGGUUAGAGUGGUCACACUGCCUGUGUGAGCCACACAUCUCAGGUGCAUUUCACUCAUGUGAGCCCCCUCCUUUAGAGAGGCGGGGUCUCAGCUAUUUUCACCACAUGGUGCACGCUUCACAGCUAAAUAGACAGCGAAAUUAUUCUUUCACCAGUUUUAAUUUCUAUAUCUGUCAAAACAGAUCCUUUACCAAAGUAAAGAACUGGAUCCUUUCAUCUGUUUUAACAAGAUUGUUAUGAAAUAUUUCAGGAGCAGAAGAUGCACUUGUCCUGGUAUUAAGUUGAGUACAUAUGCUACUUUUGUUCAAGGAAAUACAGAAUCAUACCAGAUAAUUCAUGUAGCAGCCUCGCAAGCAUCACAUUUUCUAGACGCAGCAGAUCAGCGUGACGGUGCACAUGUACCCAGUGCGGCCCGGGCAUAAGGGCACCUUGCAAAGCAUGAUUUAGCCUUUCCCAUAAACUGUUGUAAUCCUCAGGUUGUCUUCAUCAAUCAAAGAUUUUUUCAGUUUAAAAAUAGCUUCAGAAAUAUACCCAUAUAGGGUUUGUUAAAUAAUAAUGCAUUUUUCUAGGAUGGAGGAUUGUUGAUUUGACGUGUUGAGUGACAGCUGCCGGUCAUCUGAUACUGUAGGUUUCAUGUCCUUGAACUUCUCAGUUGACCCACCCGCUGGCUUCAGAUCUGGACACUACUAAUGCAAAACACUACAUGCAGCAUGUUGCACAGAGGUAUAUGUAGUCUGUUUAUAUGAUGGUGUCCUAUUCUGAAUGCAGCUGCUGUCUCUCUCUCAGUGAACCCACAGAGCGUAACCUGCCAUGAGUGUGUACACUGGUUCCAGUCCCUCAGAUAAGCUGGUAAACACAGAUGAACCUUUGCAGCUGCCAAUACUAUUUACACUGUACAUUAAAUGCAAGGGGGUAUUGUAUUGUUUUUGUUCACUUUCAACACUAACUCCAGGAAUCUGAGUAAUAGUUUUGUUUGUUUUAUUUCAUAUUGUCAAAGCAUGACCAGUGUUCUUUUGCCCUCGGGCUCAUUUACCCUGGCCAAGUAUAACUACUGCACAUUAACUAGCUUUUUCAGGUGAUACUUGUGUAUAUAUAUAUAUAUAUAUGAUUGAUACUUAGGGCAUGUUUUAGAUGGUUGAAUCUCUUAUACCAGCUUUUUGGUUGGUGGGAAGAAAAUCAAAGACUUCUGUUUCAAAAAGAAUCAUGUGUCAGUCUACUUUCUGACCUCUGAAGUAACAUUACUGUAUAAUUGUCAAACACUGCUUUUGUUGACCUUUUAUUUUGUAACUCUGAUAAAGGAGAGGAAUAUUUGAUUUUUGAAUCCCUGUUCCCCCCUGCGGUUCCUUUUUGUUCACCAUGCAUUAACUACCCAAUGUGCAAACUGUAUGUGAUCCGUUGCCUUUGUGCUAAAGUUGUCAGAAAUCCAUCUACAGUUUUUUGUUUUCAGGAAAGAGAUGCACUUUUGUUUUUUAGUUGUAUGCAAAUGCAACAGGUACUGUUUGUGUGAAUAGUCUGUCCCAUGUUAUAUGUGUGUGUAGGCUGUGAGUCCCUCUAUGAAAACCUGAAAGGCCACGAUGUGCACUACUACUGACCUCACAGCAUUAAAACCAAAUUAUUCUCAGAAUCAUCUCUGCUCUCGGACUUCAGUGUUGAUUUAAGAACACGCCACUGAAAACGAGAAUGUUUACACAAACCACGGCAGUCGGUUGCAGUACACUCCGGAGAGAAUCAGACUUUUCUUUGGAAUCUCUGGGAGCGGAAACUAAAUACUACUGAAAUGACUCGACACUGUCUCCAAUGUGUUUGACCAGUACUUAAUCAUUUAGAUCCCCUGGCUCACCUUUACCGUUUUGUUAAAGUCUUAGGGGAUGUGAGUAAGAAGAGACAGACUGCACGCGAUGCUGUUGUUUUUGGCUGGACACACUGGGAAGCUCUGCAGUUUAUGUGGUUGAAUGUCAUCCAUAUACACUAAAGAGGUAUGUUUGUCAAAUUGUAUUUGCCUAACAAUGUUAAAAAAAAAAAUACUGAUUAGUGUAUUUAAGGUUUUAAAACCUUGCUUCAGUAGUGGGAUGUGAGUUUAAGAAAUUGGGUAUUAAACCAUGAAUUGUGUUAACUUCCAGGUCUCUGUCCAGUUAUAGCAAAGAGACAAUUGUAUCCAUGUAAAAACCCCUUCAGGACUUCAAUCAUGUAUCUUCUAAUAUAGAGUAAUAAAUACAUUGGUUUUCCUA